GGCUAUACCAACCAACCACUAACUACUACGAGUACUGACGAGCAUUUAGGAUUAUGCGCAAGCCAGUUCGAAUCUGAACGCGAGGCAAGACACGUGUUGGACAGCAUAUCAACCUGGCCUGGCGCCACAAUGAAUCUCCCCACAUCUCAGAUACCCUUCUUCAUCGCCUGGUGCGCAUCUUAUUAUCAAACACACCAAUCAUGUUUUCCUUGUCAUCUCACGACGAGCCAUACCGCGCUUCUCUUAGAGACAAUCGCGGUGUUCCCACUCUCCUCUCCCCUUGGGAGUACCUUGACGACUAUGGGAUUGUUCACCCUUCAGGAUGCGACGUCUGCUCUUCAUACAUGAAGCAUGUCGCUGAUGCAAGUUAUUCCUCACAUCAGCCAGCUUUUCAAAUCGCCUUCCAAGACAGGAAGCGCACGCGCGAAGACCUCUUUAACAAGGGCAUAUCAGAGGGUAUUCGCCGUCAAAAAGAGGAAAAUAGAGUCCUCGUCGAUGACAUUGAUCGUUAUCGCCUUGAGCGUAACCAAGCUCGUGAAGAGCUAUCUACUCUUCGUUCUCAGCUAGACGCAACACGUACAGAAUCAGAGCAACUACAGGACAAGCUCAGACAACAAACUGCCCAUGCAGUCGAUAUCUCUAGUCCUAUCGAAUCAGUCUCCUUUCAUUCUUCUGUAAAGUCUCUUCAGUUAGACCCCCCUGCAGAUCCACCGUCUGAUCCUCGCCUUAUCGAACCUCCCAUCGAUCACCAACUCUCCCUCGACUUUUUAACUCCCAUGUAUCCUCAACAGUUGUCUCCCCCGAUGACGACCCCUGCUUCUCCUCAAGCGCAGUUGCCCGACUGCGUCGCAGCUCGCUCAUUUGCUGCCGUAUUGGCAACAGGUCAGCCAGAUGACGACUCAGCUUUUCAAGCUACAUCAUCAGACGACGCCCCUCCCAUUCUCAAUUGGACAGUUGUAGCCUCACCCACUCAUAAACCCACAAAGCCUGCCAAGAGCAUCAAACAAGUCCAAUCCCUCAUCAAAGCCGCACACCAGCCCGGCAACUACAGUGCCCUUACAAAAGUUAAAGCCCUGUGCUCAGAAGCGCACAAAACACCCAGAGACCAAAAGACCGAAGUCCAACGCUACUUGUUAUCCAACUGGCGGACUCCUGAUUGGGAGCACCCCUCGUCACUCCCAAAGUUACCUGCCCCCUUAAACAACCCUCGUCUCGAGGACCCUGUCGAGUGUUGGGUAUCAUACUACACCGCCAACCCCAGUUCCUGCCCAAAGGGCAUUCGCCGCGAACCGGACGGUCGUCCCGUCCUCUCCGACAUGAAAGCCAGCCGAACCGUAGCUCGGCUCCGCCCCAUAGUCAACCCGAGCGAUCCCGAAUCCCGCGAAGCCCGUCAAAAAUACAUGACAGUCGUCACAGAGCUCUUCUCCGAGCGUGGCGAAUACUCCAGCAUCCUGCGGAGAGCUGCAUUCAGCGUCUCUCCCCACGUCUGCUAUGCGCCGUUUGUGGGCGUGGCGGAUGAUAUCGACAGAUUGUCUGUUGCGCGUCAUUUUGCGGCUUGUGGGGUGACUAUUCCUAUCGCUGAGGAUGAGCUUGGACCGUGGGCGAUAGAGUAUAUUCGUGAGUAGUGGGGAAGGGGAUCACAUCUGAGUUGUUCCGCAUCGUUAUGAUCAUACUUUACACGUACCAGACACCUGGUUAGGUUUCUGCAUACAUAUAUCCCAUCCUCGAGGUCGUACGAUUCACACUUAAUUGCGGAGGCGUAUAGUAUGAAAUUUCGAGGGUCUUCCGAGUCGUACAUAGUGUAUUUCCGCUUAUUAGUCGCAACCCUUGUUGUGCACCUCUUGUAGAAUUGUACAGUGCUUUAUCUAAUCAACGUGACUUGUUU